GAACCACCUUAUAUUCUCCUUUCAGUUAAGUAAUAUUUGUUACUUGUUUCUGCACCUUCAAAUGGAGAAAAAUCAUACAUCCAAAUCGUAUCCAAUGGUUGGUGAAGGGCUACACAGUUAUGCCACAAAUUCUGGUCACCAAACAUGGGAUGUUGUGCCGGACCAAAUGCAUUUUUUUGUCGUCCAAUACAUUAUAGAAGAUGUGAAAUCUGUGUCUCAAUCCAAAGACAUCGCAUUCGAAGUCUUCUUCAAUGAUCAUAGUGCGAAUGACUUCGACACUCUUUUUAGGACACUUCCUGUUGAAAGAAAUUCCUUUGCAGCUGGCUUGCCAAUUCCAGAACAAGUCCAAGACAAAACCUCCACUACGUGGAACAAAGGGAGGAUCAGUUAUGGAACCUGCAAAAAAGUUGAAGAUGCUUUCUCAGCACAAUUUGCGUAUGAUUUUGAGUCAUUCUUGAAAGCUAGAGCAAUUGAGAUUGUGCCUGGAGGAUUUAUGGCACUUCCGAUUCCAUGCAUAACGACUAAAGUAAAGUCGAUCGCACUCCUAGAACUUUUGGCUUCCAGCCUCGGAUUGGUGGAAGAAGCCACAGUGGAUUCCUUCAACAUACCCUUUUACUUACCAUCACCAGAAGAAGUGGAAUCCAUAGUGAAGAAAAACGGGUGUUUCAAGAUUGAGAAGAUGCAGGGGCUGCCUCGGUCGAUAACGACUGUGGAGGAAUUCAUACUUUUAUUCUCUCAAAAAUUAGCUGAAUUUGGCAUCUUCUCUUAUCCUAGCACUGCCUACGAGACAAUGGACUUAUUUACUUUUCUUAAGAGAACGAGUGAAUGAUCAAAGUUCUUUCAGCCCAGUUAAUAAGUUUCAUUCCUUGUAAGAUUGUUGUCGAUAUAUGUUGACGUCUAUUUCUGUAACGAGUUGGGUACUUCUUGUAUCGUGCUUGUACCAAUAAAAAUUCGACUUCUGC